AAUCGCUACCCUAAAACGGUAGGAAUAGAAUUGUAAAACAUCAAAGACCCAAGGAUAUCAAAAUAUAGAGGAAUAAUGCUUUCCUUUCGUCAGUGUGUAUGAACUAGUUGUAACUUAUUUAUGUUGUUGGUACCAGUGAUCUUCGAAUAUAGUGUGUAAUGAAGGCUAGUCUGUUCUGAUUAUAAAAAGUUGAUAAUGAACAGUUUGAAAUACGUUGAAAAAUUUGUUAUUUAUCAAUAAGAAAGGCAGAUAUUUAAGAUUUUAGAAAAGUUAAAAAGAAAAUCAUAGCAAGAUGGACGAUAAAUUACGACAAAUGGAAGAUGAGAUGAACAGAUUCGAGGCUGAAAUCGGCGGGCAGUUAGUCACACCGAUGGUUAGGCCUGUAAUUGGUGCAAAUACAUAUAAUCAAGUAGCUAGACAAUUAGAACAACAUGAGCUACCAACACCAGUUGUUGCUGCAGCGGCAGCAACAUUAGCUUUUCCACCAAUGAUUGGAUUUCCACCUCCACCACCUCCUCCACCGCCACCACCUCCACCACCUCCAAUGUUAAUUCCACAGCAAGUAGCAAGACAAGGUACGGUUCCUUCUAUUACAACAUAUUCAUCACCUGCUCAGAUAAGUAACCCGUAUUUACCAAAUAUGGUGGAUCCGUGUUUAACUGCGACUCCAAAAACAUACGAAUCCACAUCAGCUCCAAUGAUUCAUCCCGAAAUUAUUGAACAGAUUAUCAAUACAAAGAUCCCAGAAGAUGAAAGUAAAAAGAAACCAAAGGUAAAAGGAGUUAGCACGGCAGCAGAAUUGGCAAUUAGUCAAGGAAAAGCAAGCUCUAUUAUGGCAAAUGCCAGUGCAGAAGAGACUCAUCCGAAGGGUAAAGGAAAGAAAAACAAGAAAAUCGUUCGGAUGGCUGGCGGACAGAUAUGGGAAGAUCCUUCUUUGUUAGAAUGGGAUGAAGAUGACUUCCGAAUAUUUUGCGGAGAUCUAGGAAAUGAUGUCACGGAUGAAAUGUUGGUUAGAGUAUUUGGGAAAUAUCCUAGUUUCCAAAAGGCAAAGGUAGUCAGGGACAAAAGAACAAACAAAACAAAAGGAUUUGGCUUUGUCUCUUUCAAGGAUCCACAGGAUUUCAUCAAAGCAAUGAAAGAAAUGAAUGGACGGUACGUGGGUUCGCGACCGAUAAAGCUACGCAAGAGCUCGUGGAAGCAGCGAAAUUUGGAAACGGUGCGGAAGAAGGAGAAAGAGAAACAGGCGUUAAUUGGUCUGCUGACCGGCCGGUGACGCAAUAGAACCCUCGUACCUUCAUUUCUACGGAUUUUCAUUGUUUUUGCCGUGGUGAACACUCGUCCACGAGGGGGCAUCUUCUUAACCGUGAAUCGUAGAAUUAAGCUUUUCGUUCUGACGCGAUAGAAAGGGGUGGGAACGAGACCAGACAACGCAACGGAGACACAUACGCAUAUGUAUAGGCACAUGCAACAUGUGUACAGUUCAACCCCUCAUCUUAUGAUUUUUAUUUUCUUUUUAUUUCGUUUUUAUUUACAAAUGUGAUUUGAUCCAAAAAAUGUGUUUAAAAUCGAUGUUUAUAAUAGAAAUGGAAAUUUCAAACAUCUGUCAUUCGAUUUUAAUGAAAUGUAUAAUACAAUUUUCUCAUUUGUGUACCGUGCAGAGUAUACGUAUGGAAAUUUCGAAAUAUCUAUUAUCUGGUAAGUUCAAUAGUCCUGUUAUAAAUAUAUUGAUUUCGAAUACUUUCGUGAUUCAAUGUAUAUUUAAAAAAGAAUUCUGUAUUUAUUGCAAGUCCACGUUCAGUUGUUAAUAGGAGAAAGAAAAUCUUUGAUUUUGACUUGAACUAUAUGAAUAACACUCAUAUUUCUUCAAUUUCGUUUGAAAUCUUAACCAGAGUUUGACUUGUUGACGACGCAAGGGGUUAAGGGAGUGUGUAACCUUGGAAGCCUAAAGGAAAUGGGUUUUACCAUUUGUGUUUUCAUUUGUAUGUAAUUGGUAAGAAGCAAAGAUUUGUUGUAGGGAAUAAUAUUCAGCAAUAUCUUAACUAAACUAAAUCUAUAAUUACAGAAUAGCAGAAUGUUUCUGACUUCGUAUCCAAAAUCAUAUUAACACGCAAUUUCAAAAGAAAUAAAAAAGUCAAAAUUGUCAUGCUUACUUAAACAAAAGUAGAGUAUCGUCGAUGUAGUACACGAUUUUUCAAUUAUCUUGAAAAAUAAGUAAAUCAUUGCUUUUUAAAAGCAUAACUUUGUUCUCUGCUAAAGAAAAUCAGCUUUAAAUGUUUAUACAAUUUAUAAAAAAAAGCUUUGUUUUUUUCACAUUUACAUCUGCUUUGACGUUGGAUGCAGUGCGAUAAGAUUUCAUUAGAUAUGAAAUAAAAAAGAAUGUACUAUUCUGCAAUUUUAUAUAACAAAGAACGUAUGAAUAUAUAUAAUAUAACUAAGACAUAAUUAAUGUUUCGUAUAAAAAUCUUUGCUCCUUAUCGAUUAUAUGUAAAUAAAAAAAAAUAUUGAGAUCACACAUUUCUUUUGAGUUCUCAAGAUUUCAAGCCCUGCUAAGAAUUAGCCAAUUGAUCACUGAUGUUAUAUAUUACGUUUACAGA